AGGAACACCUGCGGCGACUGCAGACGCCCGCCGGCCGGGGCCAGGAGCCGCGGCUGCGACCCACGCACGCGCUGGGGCACCGCAACAUGCCCCAGUGGGUCUCUAGGACGUUUGUGCACCCGUCAGCCGUACCGCCGCCGCCGCCGGGACCACCGGCCGGACCGGCGCGCGACAACGACUACGAGGAAAUCGGACCGCCGGCACGGCGACAGGCUGCCGAGCACGCCAUGAACACGGCGUCCCGACAGCAGCAGCAGCAGAACAGGACAGGCAGUGGCAAUGCCAAGGACCGGGCGCACUGCGACCUGUGCGGCGGCUCCGCCUCGGCUGUCCGCUGUGACAGAUGCAGCGGCCAGGUGUUCUGCCUCUCCUGCGACGACAUGUACCACCGUCACCCCAAACGGUCGGCCCACGUCAGAAAGGCUGUGGACAGCAUUCAGCGCCCGUUUCGCCCGCCGCUGCCGCCCAAAUCCGACCUUCAGCCGCCCGUGCCUCCGCCCAGGAGGAACAAACGCUUCGGCCUCUUCGGCAAAAAGGAGCAGUCACCAGCGCUGCCGAGGAAGGAGUCAGCCUCGGGGGUGAUGGGCAGCCUCAAACGGUUCAUGGGAGUGCGGCCGCUGCCGCCGCCGCCCACACAGAAGGGCGGCCUGACGUCGGUCUGGGAGGAGCCGUCGGUGCAGCCGCUGCCGCCCAACCUGGGCCCUCCGCAGGCCACCGUCCAGCGCAGUCCCAGCCGCGGCUCGGUGGACUCGGGCCGGCCGCCCUCGGACGACACCAGCGCCGCCCUGCCGGCCACUGUGGCAGCUAUUAAUGACGCUGAGCGCCACCAGAGGCCGGCCGCGCAGGACCAGCGCGACGCGGACCGCGACCCGGUGCCGGUGCGCCCACGGAGUCAGUCGGUGUCGGCGCACAUGUCGCCGGCGGCACAGCAGCACCAGCAGCACCAGCAGGCCUGGAUGUACCCUCCCGAGCACCAGCACCCCCACCAGCACGACAUGCUCCAGGGUUUCGUCACCACGCGGCGCGGUCAGAGUUACCGGGCCGGCUGGCCGGGGAUGGUGGCCGCCGGAGGCUCCGUCUGCGACAUGACCUCACCGCCGGCCGGACACCACAUCGGACACCCCCUCGCACACCCCGGCUUCCAUCCACACAUGAUGCACGCGCAGUCGCUGGCGCAGCUCGGCUGUCCCACGUGUCACGGCCACGGGCCGCCGCUCUGGUACCCUGCCGAGCCGGCCGACGACCAGCUGCACCGGUACCCGAGCAACAGUAGCCUGACGGCCGCCGCCGCGCCCGUCCGCUUCGUCUCGCAGCGCGACCUGCGCCAGCCGUCGCCGGCGCCCAGCGCGCGCUCGGGCCGCGCCGCGCGCCCCCGCCGCCUGGCCCGCUCCCAGAUGGAGCUCAGCCGAUACCCGACCGACUCCGACGAGCCCGGCUCCGGCGUCGAGUCCGACGACGAGAGCGACGCGCCGGCCGACGAGGUGGCCGCCUGGGCGUGCCCGCACUGCACCUUCCAGAAUUCGGCCGGCACGCGGGUGUGCGCCAUGUGCUGCCGCUCGGCGCCGGCGGCCGUGGCGCAGCAGCGCGCCGCGCACAGGAGGCGCCGGCGCCGCCGGUUCCCGCGCGGCCCGAUGCCGCCCGGCUCUCCGGCGCCGCUGCGCGCCCGCGACCCGUCCCCCGGCUCCGUGUCGCACGGCCGGGAGCGCAGCCAGCGGUCGGUGUCGCGCGGCCCGUCGCUCGGCAGGGACGCCGCGCCGGCCGAGCUGGCAGACGGCGUGCAGGCCAUGAAGCUGGAGGCCGCCAGUCGCGAGCGCCGACCGUCAGACGCGGCGGCGGCGGCGGCGGCGGCGGUGCCCCGGCGCGUGUCGGUCGCGAGUGAGUCGGCCGCCGAGGGCCCGGCGCAGACGACGGCCAGCGUCGGCACCUCGGACGCCGAGGGCGGCGCGCUGCCGUCGGAGUCGACACAGCGCGACGGCGCCACGAGCGUCGCCCGGAAGCGCACCCAGUCGACAGGCACCUCUCCGCCGCCGCAGACCAUCGCCACGCAAGUGAGAAGUAGUGUCUGGCCACCGGCGGUACACCGGGGACCGUCCAUAAAACAGACACCGACUGGGGCGAUCAGCGCGCCACUGCACUCAGCUCGUGUUUCCGAUCGAUUAUGGAUAAGAUUAAAAAAAUGCCGCUUGUAUUUGUUUACGCCCGAUGAGGCGGCGAUGUACUCGGAGGGCUCGCUGGGGCGCGCCGGCUCGCGCACCUCUCUGGCCGGCGACUACGAGCCCUUCCGAUACGGUCACCGGGAGGCGCGCAGUCUCAAACGGACCCAGUCCUUCCAGGCGUUCGGGCAGCGCGAGCGUCAGGAGCGGGCGGACCCGUGGCUCUACUUCGGCACGCUGGGAUCCCGGUUCCAGGGCCGGUCCGGAUCCAAAUCGUCGGUCCACUCGGCCGCCAGCGACUCCAGGGCGUUUGCGGCGUACGGUUCGGGGGCUUCCAGCCGCGGAGAGAGUCCGGCGCGGUACGGCGGCGAGCGGUCCCACUCCCGACACCGUUCCUACGCCGGCGAGACGGCGAGGAAGCCGGCAGACGGCUCCGACUACCUGGUGGGCCUGGAGGAGGUGAUGCUCAACAGGAAGUCGGACGCGUCAGCCAGCCAGGGCAUGGAGCUCGUCCUGAUGCUCCGGGACGCGGAGCAGCACAACUUCUCGCCGGAGGAUCUACAGAUCGCUCUGAACCACUGCUCCGAGCGGCCGCCCGUCGCCUGGCUGCUGGACAACCUCGACAGUAUGAUCGAGACCGUCUGCACGCUGGCUACCAACUACGGACACGAGCGGCCCGAGAACGACGUCGGCACGAUAUCAAACAAGGAGGCCCGUGACGCGCUGCGGCUACAUAAGGGCAAUGUGUGGAGCGCAGUGACCGAGUGCGUCGAGCAGCGGAGGAAAAAGUACGCCCAGCUGGCCAGCCGCGGCGCCUUCCCGCGCGAGGACGUCAUCACGGCGCUGACGGCCAACCACGGCUCGGUGGAGGCCGCCUACCUGGACCUGAACCGCACCCAGCUCAAACCGUUCCUCAUGCGCCUCUGGGGACCGCCCCAGGGCGUCGAGGUCAACGAAGGCGCGCCGCCCGGCCGACCGGAGGUCACACCGCCGCCCGCGACUGAGCCGGAGGUCAAUGUCGCCGUCAAACCUGAUACAGCCGAGGUCAGGGCCGCGGCGGCGCAGGCGGACGGCGGGACUCCGACGGAGAAGGCUGCUGUGCCGCCGGACGGAGAGGUCAAGGUCACGCCGCCGGGGUCAGCCGAGGUCAAGGUCACGCCGAAGGUCGGCUCUGCCACGGUCCUGGCGUCAGCCAAGGCCGACAUUGCAGAUAGUGGCUCGCGGAGCGACCAGUGCUCGACUCUGUCCUCCGACAUAGACACUGACGAUGAUGAUGCCUGCAAGUCCAAGGAUUACAUAACCCCUCCGACCUCCCCGCUGUUUCGCCGCGCUAACCGAGGUAUCCAGCCUGCCCCGGAGCCCGCCCUGGCGGCGCCUCCUCCCCGCUCCUCUGCCAGCCCAGCACAGUCUGUCCCUGCAGCGGGCCCCAGGCCUGCCGAGCUCCCCCAGCCCCCUGUCCAGCCCCCUGUCCCGUCCUCUGCCCCCGACCCCUCCCCGUCCUCCGGGAUAUACGAGACAGUAGCCACACCGGCUGCUGCCACUCAACACAAGACCCCCCACACACGGGAAGAUAGACCCUAUGACAAACCCACGGAGAAGAAAACUGGAACGUCAGAAACCGAAACCAAGAACGCCCAGCUCGCUGCUCAGCCUGCACCGUCACAGCCAACUGAGCGGCAUGUGGCGCCCCCGACGUCACCGCUCUCCGGCUGUCCCGCCGGCCGGUCGGCGCCGCCCACCCCACCAGCAGAGCCGGUGUGGGCCGCCCCAGCCGGACCCCCGGCCGCCGCCGCCGCCAGCGACAGGGACAGCUCGGAGGACUACGAGCCGGCAGUGUACGGGGAGCUGCUGGUGGCCCGGGCCGCCGGCAGCCCUCGGCCCGUGCAGGGCGCGGACGGGGCGGGGGCGGAGGGCCGGCGGCUGGACGGAGAGUCGCCUGCACCGGCUGACAGACGGGCAGUGGCCGGCUCAGGGACAGCGCCGGCCCGGGAGACCGGCAGGUCAGCGGCUGUCUCUGAAACAGCGCCGGCCCGGGAGACUAGCAGGCUAGCAGCCCAGUCGACAGUGGCUGGCUCGGAGGACGUGGCGCCCGCGCCGGGCGCAGACACGGACACCCAGGAGCGGAGGUCCUCUGACAGCUCGUCCUCGUCGUCCGCUUCGACGGACGUCACGGAGAGAGAGCAGCUGGUCCGACCCGAGCCCGCCGGCUGGGUCCGCUCGGAAAUCUACUCGUCGCCGGCCCAGGGCGCGCCGAGGGCGGCACCCGAGUCCACAGACGCACCCCGGGCGGCCACUGACUCUACAGACGCACUCCGGGCGACCCCCGAGUCGACGGCGGUCUCCGAGACGCCCGGCCUGUCGCCGUCGCUGAGCCCCACACCGGGCCCGCUCCUCGCCGCCUCUCGGCACAACCUCAGCCCCAGCGAGCGGCUCGAGCUGGCCAAACGGGUCAUCUGCAACCACGUGCAGCGCCAGAGGCCGGCCGCGGUCCCCGGCGCCGCCGCCGGCUCCAGCUCGCCCAGUGAGCCGCCCACGGAGCCGGCCGGCGCGCCGCAGGGGCCCUCGGUGCAUUACGGCCCGUCCGAACCCUACACACCCGCCUCCGCCGCCGAGAUCCCGGCCAUCGAGGACGGCGCCGACUGCGCCGGCUCGGGGGAGGAGGCCGGCUCGGGCGGUCACGUGGUGUUCACCUCAUCCGACUCUCUAUCCGAGGGCUACGAGCCGGUGGUGAGCGCCCGCUUCCAGCCGGGCGUGGGCCGCGGCGGCGGCGUCCGGAGCUCCACGCGGUCGCCGAUGCCGUCCGCGGCGUUGGCGGCCUCGUCCUCGGCCGAGUCGCUGUCCCGGUCGGACCACCAAGCGGCGCCCCGGUCUGUCCAGCAGACGGCGCCGGCGUCCGGCCGACAGAUGACGCCCCGGUCGACCGCGACAGGCCAGGAGGGUCUGGGAGUAGCGGGACGGGCGGAGCCGACUGCGGAAACGGAGCGGCAGGAGCCACCGGGAGCGGAGGCUGCCUCAGAACCCCGAACAGACGCCGAGCUGGCCGACUCCCGAGCAGCAGAGUCAGACUCAGCUGUUGGAGAGUCGACAGCGGUGAAACAAAACACAGAGGAGGCGGCCCGUGCCGAGACAGACCCGCCGGCUGCCCCCAACGAGGCCCCGUCUCCCACUCUGAGGGGCGCUGACGAGACCGCCGGUCAGACCUCUACCGUGGGGCGUGCCUCGGAGUCCAGCGACUCUGACUCUGACUCUGACUCGGCGGCGGCGGGCGCGGCCGGGCCCAGUGACGUGGACCUGGCGGCUCUGAGGGAGGGACUCAAGAGCGGCCGGUCCUCCGUGCUCCGGAGGAACUCGGCCGAACGACAAAAGGUGCAGCGCUGCGCCAGCCGCCUGGUGCGCUCGGGCCGCGCCCGCUCACAGGCCGACGCAGAGCUGGCUGCUCAGCUGAUGGCGCUCCGCUUCCCGGCCGAGGACAGCCUGCAGGCGGCCAGCGAGUGCUCCAGCCUGUACGCGGCCGUCAGCUUCCUGCACCAGGAGUGCGAGCUGUGCGCCGGCCGCUGCUCCGCCAGCGAGCUGGUGGGUAUGACCCACUGCACCCACCGGUGCUGCCGCAGCUGCGCACAGGCCUACUUCACUCAGCGAAUCAAGGAACGGCCGCUGGCCGACCUGCGCUGUCCCUUCUGCAACGAGCCCGACCUCACGAGUGAGGAGAUAGCCAGCGACUACUUCUCACACCUGGAUAUCAUGCUGAAGACUCUGGUGUCGCCAGAGGUCCACGCACUCUUCCAUAAGAAGCUGUUUGAGCGAGCCAUGAUGAAGGACCCCAACUUCAAGUGGUGUCCCAAGUGUUCGUCGGGCUUCAUCGCGGCUCCUCGGCAGCAGAAGCUGCACUGUCCGGACUGCGGCGCCGUCAGCUGCGCCCUCUGCGCCAAAACGUGGUCGGCGCAGCACGAGGGAGUCAGCUGCGAGCGGUUCGCCAUGUGGCAGCAGCAGAACGACCCCGACUACCAGAGCGCCGGCCUGGAGCGCCACCUGGCCGAGAGCGGCAUCAGCUGCCCCAGCUGCCGGUUUCGCUACUCGCUGGCCAAGGGCGGCUGCAUGCACUUCACAUGCAGUCAGUGCAAGUACGAGUUCUGCUCGGGGUGCAGUCAGCCGUUCAGCAUGGGCAGCAGGUGCGGCAAGACGGAGCUGUGCUCGCGGCUGGGACUGCACGCGCACCACCCGCGCAACUGCCUGUUCUACCUGCGGGACAAGGAGCCCCGUCAGCUGCAGCAGCUGCUCAAGAGUAACGGCGUCGCGUACGACACGGCGCCGCCGUCGGGCAGCGGUGUGUACGGCGACGCGCCGCGCCGCUGCCGCGUGCCCGAGCAGAAGGAGACGGCCAGCGGGCUGCGGGACGACCUGUGCGGCCGUACCGUGUUCCCCGACAACGCCGGCCUCUGCAGGAUGCACUACAUCGAGUACCUGUGCGGCCUGGUGUGGAAACACCAGCUGGACCCGGUGGCCAUCAGCGACGCGGCCGACCUGCGCCAGGAGAUGCGCCGGCACGGCAAACGGGUGCGCAUCCAGCGCGUCCGAGAGUCCGACGAAAAGUACACCGCCGCGCUCCGAAAGAUAGUGGAAGCCGAACUGCCGCUCAACGUGUGACUGCUCCAGUCCAAUGCAGUGACGUCUCCAGACCAGUGCAGUGACGUCUCAGACCAGUGCAGUGACGUCUCAGUGACAAUAACGAAUGGACAGCCUGGCUGCCCCGUUAGGCUGCGAUUACCAGUGUCAGCUGACAGCAGGCCGGCGACUGUGAACAGUGUCAGCGACUGUGAGCAGUGUCAGCGACUGUGAGCAGUGUCAGCGACUGUGAUUAGUGUCAGGCCAGUACCUGUCAGCACGGUCAGACCGGUAACUGUGAGAAGUGACUGUGCCAGCAGUGUCAGACCAGCGACUGUGAGACCGGUGACUGUGAAGUGUGCCAGCUGACAGCAACCCCAAGACUGUGAGAAGGGUCAAACCCGUAUAAGUGCCUAUGAUAAGAAGAUUUACUGUCACAAGCCUAUCAUACAAACCAACAUGCAUGUCAAUUGUACAGCGAAUGACACAGGUAUGCACUAUGCAGCUCCACACCAGAAUGGCUAAUAGUUAGUACCCACGCCAGAAUCCCG